AUGAAUCUUAGGCGCCAGAAGAAUGGAGAUGGUGUAAGGUAUGCAAUCGAAGCUUGGCCGAUGUUCAUGAAGGAGAAUGGACUUCGUUUUGGUGACACAUUGCAUUUCACAUUUGUAAGUUCAGGAAAUCUACUGAUCUUAUCACACGUGGAUGGGGUUAAUGCAGCAUACAUCAAGAUACUCCACAGCAAUCCGGCAUCCACCGCUCCACCGCACCGGCAUCAAGAUCCUCCCCUGUCCGCCUGCAUCCACCGCCGGCCAUCCACCACGCACAGCACUCCGGCAGUUCAAAAAUCACAGGUUAUCAUCAAUAUGAGUGAAUCUCAAAAGAAGGUGGGAAAGAAGAAGGAUAAGAAGUCCUGUCCGGAGUCAGAUUCUAUCAAAGUUGAUCUAGAAAAUGAUAGCUCAAUGAAUAUCGAUGUGGAAGAUGAUGAAGUUUACUCUGUGGAGGUAGAUGAUACAAACGAUAGUGAUGAUAACAAAUCAGGAGUAAAGAGACAACGAAAGGAAAGAUCUAUUGUGUGGCAAUACUUCACUAAACUUAAAAAGAAAGCAGUCGGUGGAAAAGUUCCAAGCAAGUGCAACAAAUGUAAUCAUGUUAUCAUAUAUGAUAGCAAGCAAGCCAUAGCUGUGGUGUUGGAUCCUAGAUACAAAUUGCACUUUAUCGAGUGGAGUUAUUCACAAGUUUAUGGACGUGAUAGCAAUGAAUAUGAAUAUGUUGAUGAGGUUUUGCACUCUACUUUUCAUGAAUAUGUCGAGUUAAAUAUGGAUGGUGGUUCUUCUACAAAUUCAAAUGUCGCAAGUACUUCAGAUGCUAGCAAAGGAGUUGAGGAAACGGGAGAUGAUGAUUCAACAAGUGUCUUUGGAGUUAGUGCUAGACUUAAGGAUUUUGAUCAAAUUGCAAUUGUAUUUGGAUGA